AGGAGCCGCAGCUUUAGAAAAACCUCAAAGAUUCCUGAGGUUAAAACACUGCAGGCAGUUUGCUGACAGCGACGAUCUCAGCGGGUAGCAUCGGAACCGAACCGGCAACUCCAGUCCGGUUUGUUGUUGACGUGUGUGUGUUAAAUCAGAGGAGGGAAGGGAAGCGCUGCCUCUGGAUCUACUCCGCAACGCAUCUGCGCAGACAGACAAAUAGGCUGAAGAAGAAGAAAGAGGAGGAUUCCCGCUGCGGUGUUUACCAAUAUGCCGUUUCCCGUUAACGGGAUCCUUUCAGCGCUCGCGCUACUGCUGCUGCUGUGGCGCGCGGAGGAGCUCGCGGAGGCGUGCAGCUGCGCUCCGGUCCAUCCGCAACAGGCGUUCUGCAACGCCGAUGUAGUGAUCCGUGCUAAGGUGGUCGGGGUAAGAGAGGUGGAUUCUGGGAAUGAUAUCUAUGGAAAUCCCAUCAAGAGGAUCCAGUAUGAUGUCAAACAAAUAAAGAUGUUUAAAGGACCUGACCAGGACAUUGAGGCGGUUUUCACUGCACCAGUUUCUGCUGUCUGUGGUGUUACCCUUGAUGCAACUGGGAAGAAGGAGUACCUAAUCUCAGGCAAGGCCGAGACAGGCGGACGCAUGCACGUGACCCUCUGUGAUUACAUCAUGCUCUGGGACUCCUUGAGCGCCACCCAGAAAAAGAGCCUCAGCCAGCGCUACCAGAUGGGCUGUGACUGCAAGAUUGUGCGCUGUCCCUCCCUCCCCUGUGAGAUCUCUGCUCCAGAAGAGUGUCUGUGGACGGACCUGAUGAUUGAGAAGCAGGUGCACGGACGCCAGGCUAACCACUAUGCCUGCGUCAAGAGAGCGGAUGGCUCCUGCUCUUGGUACCGUGGGGUAGCGCCACCUAAGAAGGAGUUUAUUGAUGCAGAGGACCCUUAAGUCAGCAAUCUGACAGAGAAAAAAAAACGGAAACAAGGCAAUUGAAAUUGAAAAAUAACAUUAGGCUAUUUAAAAACGUUAAGCUAUAGUAAUAGAAAUUAGCUGCUGUUCUGAAAAUAACUUUAAGCCUCUUGUUGAUGUGACCACUUUAUUUCUAAAGUUUCCCAUGAUUAAAACGUGCAGAGGUUGUCCUUGGAUGCAGCAUCUUCAUGAAAAAAGUAAAUGGCACCAUCAGAUUAAAGGCUGUGUUGGAAAUGUUCACUCCCUCUUUAUAAAAGGUUCGCUUUCAAGUGUAUUUACAGCUUUUUAUCUCAUAAAUGAACCUCAGUAAGAUAUAGCUGCCCAAAUAUGAAGUAAUACCCUUAUUUUUUUACUGUUUUAGACAAAAACAUAAUGGAAAUUAGGAUUAUCUGACUUAUUUACCAAAUACAUUUUUGUACUGAAAUCAGAGUACCCAUUAAAAGGCAAUUUCUAUAUUCCUCAAUUCCAAAUAUUACCCUUAAAAGCAGUUUAGCAUGUCAUAGAAAAAAGUCAUUUUGUGAGAUAACGAAUGUUUAGACUUAAUAACUUAUAUUUCAGCACAAAUUUAAGACUCUAAAUCUGCAGAUGAUUUCUAGGGCAAAUAACUGCUAAGUUAGCAGUAAGUGAUGUUAACUCUAAUGGCAAAUUAUUUGCUAUUUGUUUCCUCAGUUUUUUAAAUGAAAUUACUUCAUGAAAUUCCAAAAACUCAACAAAAUUAGAGUCAGCGUGCUAUUUUACAUUCAAAGCGAUAGCUAGCUGUGCCUAACGUUAACAGUUACCAUCCUAGCGAUAGCAGCUAGCACUAGAUUACAAUCUAAUAUCUAAUUUUAACGCUAAAUGCUUAACAUUAACUUUGGUUUUAUUUCAAAAGAAAAGUGUUAAUGCUACUCUAGAAAUAAACCUUUGAAAGUUACCAAUGUUGUUUUUUCUUAAAUCCUGCUAACAUUUGAGAUAAUAAUGCUAAUGUUCACAGCUAACUUACUCUGUUAGGUAAAACCUUAGUCGCUAAUUACUCAUUUUUCCUAUUGGAGUGUAAUUCCCUGUAUUGUGCUUUACAAAAUGGCUGAAAUGCUUAUAGUGAACCUUAGAAAGAAAAGAGUGGACAAUUUGAACACAAGGAUAGACUGGUGGAAUGAUGGUGCAACUUCCUCCUGAGGCUGGCGUUAGGAGGCAAUAAAUUCUUGCUGAGAUGGAGCUCUCCCAUUCCCAAAAAAUAGCUCUUAAUCAGGGCAGCAGUGCCCUAUGAGUCAUUGAUUGCUCUCUCAGACCAUCAUUUACUCUCCAUUUUGUUUCUAAUUUUAUUACCUCAUUCUGCAUUUUAUUCCAAAGCAAAUUUCAAGUUGCCUUUCUUGAUUUUAAGAUCUAAAUGUCUCAUUAACACUUUUCUCAUUUUCUCACUGUAGCUGGUAACUUUAGACACCCACAACAUGCUUCCUUUAAACAGAAAAUGUAGUUUAGGAUUACCCAUCUAAAUUAAAGUUAAACUUUCUUUCUUUCUUUCUUUCUUUCUUUCUUUCUUUCUUUCUUUUCUUAUCUUUAAAUCUUCCUCCCUUUUUAUGUUAUGUAGCUGUACAGUACCUAUGCAUAUCCUUUUGUUGUUACUUGAUAAUUAUUUACUGCAUUAGAACUAGAUUUGCACUUUUUGAGAAUGAAUUUGGAUAAAGACAAGACCCGGAGCACACGGAUGUGACAUUUACUGUUGUUUGCCCAGACCGCCAAAUCCACCUCUGAUGCAGAUUUUGUCUGGUGAUAAAAGAACAUGUGCAGGUCUGUGCUGUAUGUGGCAUAUCACAAAAUAAAAUAAUACAAUGAAACAGCAGACAUGUGAAAGUUCUGGGUAUUUGGAAACUUUUGAUGAGACUGAAUGUGUGAAGGAGGGAUUGAGAUGAGUUUGUGGGUUGAUAUUUCCGUCUUAUGAUUGUAAAUGCAAACAGCAGUUUAAUAUUAUCUACCGGUACAUGCUUAAUGUUAGCUCUGACUUGUCUUUCAAAUUAUUACAUAAAAGCUUUAUCGCUGUCCUGGAAAGCUGUUUUAUACACCUUUGGCUACAGUAACUAAUAUAUAUAUAUAUUAAUAUAUAUAUAUAUAUAUAUUAGAGGCAUAUUUUAAAAGAAAACUCUUUCCAGUUCCAUUAACUUUGUGUUUUAAUGUGUUAUUAUUAUUAAAGUUGUCAUAAUGUUUGUGUUUUUCAGCAAAUGUUUUUAGCCAUGUUUAAUCAGAUGAACCUCUUACGCUGGAGUAACGUGAGAGUGAGGUUUUGGGGAAGUGUAGAGAACUAGGUACACAUUGUUUUAUUAGAGGACUUUGCAUGUUUUUGAUUCUUUGUGUAAGUCCAGGCAAAGGACAAAAUAUUCAGUAUUAUCAAAUAAAAAACACAAGUUUAAAAGAG